UUUAAAUUACUAAUUUUUGAAAAAUUUAUAUAUUUAAUAAGAUUAGCAGUUAAAAUUCUUAAUCAAACAGAAGAUUUUAAAUUUAAAAACAAAAAGACUAACUAAAUGAGUGAAAAAGAAUAUUAGGAAAAAAUUGAGUAUCUUGAGUAAUAACUUAAGGCGAAAGAGAAAUAGAUUAGAGAAAAUACAAUUAAAUUUGAAAAGGAAAAAGCUCUGCUAGAAUAAAAGAGUGAAUUUUAUUAAUUGGAGGUAAAAGAGCUGUAAUAAAAGAUUAACUAAAGCGAAGAAUAUAACAAUCUUUUAAUGCAGUUUACAGAAAAAAAAACUCCUUAAGAAGAAAAACAUGAGUAAAUGAUGAAAAAUUUCAAAGCAAAUAUUGAGGAGCUUUAAGAAAAUCAUAAAAAAUAAAUUGAAAGUAAAGAUUUAGAGAUAAAGAAAUAAAAAGAAUAAUAUGAUCAAAUUAUCCAAAAUUUAAAUGAAAAAUUAAAAAAUGAUUUUGAAAACUAGUCAGAAAAAUUUAAAAAGCAAUUAGAAUCAGAAUUACAGCUUUAUCAGUAAAAGAUUGAUAUGUUAAACACUAAUUUAUAGCAGUAAGAUAUAUAAAUCAAGGCUUUGAAGAUGGAAAAUAAAAAUUCGAAAGAAAAUCUUAUUAAACUUUAAGAAAAGGAACUAGAAAAGUUAAAGUAAAUUCACUCAGAUGAGAACAAAUAAGUAUAGGAAAGAUUUGAAUAGCAUAUGAAUCAAAUGAAAAUAAUGUAUGAAAAGCAAGUCAGAAAUUUGGAAGAGUAAAUAGAAAAUGAAAAAAGCAAAAGCAAUCGAUAAGAUAAGGAUUUGUAGUUAAAUUAGGAAGAACUUUAUUAGGAAAUAUACAAUCUAAAGGAAUAAAAAUUGAAAUUAGAAUAAGAAAUGCAACAGAUGACAAAUUAUCAUAAACAAAAAGUAUUUUAGUUGGAAGAGCAUGUCAAAAGCUUAGAAUUAAUUGCUUCUGAGAAGUAGCAAAAUUUUGAUAACAUAGUUAAGCAAAAUGAGGUUAUAUAUAAAAAAUAAAUCAGCUCACUUCAACAAUAAAAUAGUGAAUUAUUAGUUAAACUUGAUGAGCAAGUAAGCAAAACAGUUUAGCUUGAAAAAGGAAAUGAAAAAAAUAAUUAAUUGGUGCAAGAUUGCUAAGAGUUAAUUUCUCAGGAGAGGGAAGAAUUAGAAAGGUUGAGAUAUGAAAAUUCUUUAAAGAAUUAGUACAGUGCUAGAGAACUCACAGAGCUAAAAUCAUCACAACAAUAGAUGAAGAAAGAAAAUAUUGAUCUUAAAAUAUAAUAUGAGCAAUUAAGUGUGCAAUCUUAAGAAAAAGAAAAGCACUUCACUUAACAAAUAAAUGAUCUUAAUUCUAAAAUAAAAUAGGUUACUACUAAAUAUGAAAAUUAAAUUUAGUCAUCUACAAAAGAUCACAAUUAAAAGAUUAACGAUUUUACAGAAAAAUACAACAAAGAAAAGUUGUAGUGGGAAAAAAAUGUUUAAAAACUUGAAAAAAAUUUGAGAGAAGUGGAGAGUGCUUAUGGUAAGCAGCUAUCUUAAGUGGAGAAAGAUUCAUUUAAAUAGAAGGAAUAAAUUUUGAGUUAAAACUAGCAAAUUAUAGCUUAAGAUAAAAAUAUUAGUGAGCUAAUUAAACUAAAAGAUCAGCUUCAUAUGCAGAAUAUAGAAUUAAAAACAACAGUUUAGAAUUUAGAAAAUGAGAUAGAGAAAUUUAAAAAUCUUUCACGCCACUUUUAAGAAAAAUAUAAUCAAUCUGAGCAAGCUUUUAAUACUUAGCAAAUCCUGAACAUUUAGAAAAUUAAUUUCUUAGAAAGCUAAAAGGAGAGGGCUAAAAAGGAUUUGGCUGAUGCCUAAUAAAAAUUUUAAUAAGUUCUAAUAAAAAUGUAGUCUAUUAGAAAUCAAGAUAAGAAUGAAAUUUAAGAAGGAAACAAAACUCUGAUAGAAGCACUUGAAAGAAGAUACGAAUAGAAGAUAAGCGAUUUGAAAAUAGAAUAUGAAAAUUAGAUCAAUAUUUUAGAACAAUAACUAAGGAUUGCUUGCUUAAAAAAUAAUUCACAAUCUUCGUUAUCAAAAGGAUCUGAGAAUAAAUAAAUUGAAGAAAUCAAUGAAUUAUUUGAAAAGAGAAGAUAAAAAGAGCUUUAACUACUUUAAGAUUUAUAAAACUAAAAACAAUAGUAUGAAGAAAAGAUUUCUAAUUUAAAAUUUUAAUAUGAGCAAGAAAUAAAAAAGGUUAAAAAAUAAAAUGAAGAAGAGUUAAACAACUUAAAAAAAACUAUUUCAGACUUAAAUUCUAACUUAUUACAAAAACAAUAGAAAAAAGAGUUGUGUGAGCAAUAAAUUUUGAGCCUAAAUUCACAAAUACAAGAUCUUAAAAAAUAAAUUCUCUCUUAAAAUGGGCAAAAUGGCUCAAUUCAAAGUUCAAACAAUUAAUACAAGGAAAUAGGAGUAAAUGGAAACUAAAUUUAAAGUGAAGAUGCUAGCAAAAAAGGGAUAAUAAGAAAAAGUAUAGACUUUUAAUUGUAUAGCAGUGUUUCAAGUUCAAAUUGCAAUAAUCUUCCUUUAUCAUAUAAUUAUUCUAGCAAUAUAUUGCCAAUAAAAGAUGAUAAAUAUUAGUAGCAAAGACUCUAAGCUCCCAGCAAUGACAAUAACUAGUAUUUGCAGUCAUAAUUUUAGCAGCCUUUCGUUUAUUAAAAUUAAAUUUUGAGAUCAAAUAGUUCUAAUACUAGAUUAACUGAACAAGAAAAUAAAGACAUCAUAAAACCUAUUACUAACUCUUAACAAACUUUAUCAGACUCUGCAAAAAAAUGCCCUAAUUUAAGCUCUCAAGAAUAAUUCAAGUAAUCUCCAAGUACUUAAUACAAUUUAUAAGGCUAAACAUCUUUAAAUGUUGACUAAAUUGUAAACGAAAUAAUGGGUAAAAUAAAGUAAAAUGCUGCACAAGCUUAAUAAACUCAAAACAAAGAAAACCAAGCAUUAUAUUAAUACUAUACUAAUUAAUAUUGA